GGUAAAACAAAAAAAUAUCAUUAGAGGAAGGAGAAAUGUCAUCGUUCGUUCCUAUAGAGCUGGUCACCGAAAUUAUUCGACGAAUUGGCCAUAACGGAUUUCGUGAACUCGGACCUUUCAUUGCUUCUGGUCCGGAGUGGAGAGACAUGGUAUUUUCGGCUCAAGUGUUAAGGGAGGUAUGCCUAGAUGAGUUCAUCUUCGAUGGCUCCUUAUGCAACUGUGAUUCUCCGUACAGGCCAUUCUUGCUUAGGUGUCUGGUUGCCGAAAACAACACCGCUAAAUACGUGGAAGGGGUAAGACGAGCUGCACAAGAUGGGCCUUCGGUGGAAUCCCUGGAUAUGCUUGGGGAAGCAGCCAUCAAAUGCAUACACUCGCGUUUUGCUUUUGGUGUAUUCCUAAUUUGUUGCGGCUCUUCCAGUAUUGGUACAAAGGUACUCAAUUCAUUUAUGGAAAAGGUCCCAAACUUCAUAGAAGCAGUCAAUAUUGCUGAGCAAGUUAUGACCCAAAUCAGACAAAUGGGUACUCCGGGAAAGCAUGCAUACCGAGGGUUUAGGGGCUUGAUUGAUAUCCCUGAAUGUCGUUUAUUCCAUCCAACGGCACCAGAUGUUUGCGAAGCAUGCUUUGCUCUUACUUAUGUUUUCCAAAUAUCAGAUUUGUGUUAAGUGUUUUUGGUAAGUGUUUUUGGUAAAUCUUUGUUGGGGAAAUAUAUCCUUUAUGAUGUU